CUAGGGUUUAUCAAAUAAUUCAAAAUCACACAUUUAUAAAGAUAUAUGUAUGAAUGACUGAACGAAAUCCAUCUCUCUGAGAUCUUCAACAUCGCUAAUUUCAUUGCGCAAUUGUCAAAUUCCAGUGGAAAUUUGGAGAAUUCACUUCCAAUUUCAAAUUCCACGAAGCAAACGGUACGCAACAACAUCCAAUUUUAUAUUGUAUAUUAGCGAUUCAUUUACAUUACUAGGGUUCCUAUUCUUUCAAGUUCUCGAUCUUGAAGGAGUUCAUUUUUGCUAUUGAGAAACCCUUAAUGAUACGAGGGUUUGAAUAUGAACAAUGGAGGUAGAGUAGAGGACAAUGAGUUCGAUGAAAAGAAAGUUCGGGUAGCUUCGGAUGAAUUCGGUAGAGCUAUAUCCAAAGUGGCGGUGGCUCAGAUAUGUGAGCGUAUUGGAUUUCAAAGUUUCAAUGAUACUGCGUUAGAGGCUCUUGCCGGUGUUGCUAUCAGGUACGUGAGGGAUUUAGGGAAAAUUGCAAAAUUUUACGCUAAUGUGGCUAAUAGGACCGAAUGCAAUGUGUUCGACGUAAUUCAAGGAUUGGAGGAUUUAGGUUCUUCAACUGGGUUUCCGGGUGGGUCAGAGAUCUGUACUAGUUUGGUAGGGUCGGGUGUUAUGAAGGAGAUCAUGGAAUAUGUUGAAGUGAUUGAGGAGGUUCCUUUUGCUCAGCCUGUACCUAGCUUUCCGAUUGUUAGAGAUAGGAAAAGGACACCGAGUUUCAUGCAAAUGGGCGAGACACCAGGGUUCAAGCAUGUACCCGAGUGGUUGCCUGCAUUUCCAGAUCCCCAUACUUAUAUUCAUUCACCUGUCUGGAAUGAGCGGACAUCGGAUCCGAGGUCGGAUAAAGUUGAGCUUGCUAGACAGAGGAGGAAAGCGGAAAACUCUUUGUUAAGCUUACAAAAGCGUUUGUUGUCUAGUGGUUCAGCUGUACCAUCGACCUCUGAAGUUGCUACUGGGAGUAAAAAAAGCAGGUUUCUCGCAGAAAGUGAGAACCCGUCUCUUGCUUCUGGUCUACAUAGAGAGGAGGGAGAUGGGAGUUCAUUUGUUUUGCCAACUAAAGAUGUGAAUGAGCCCCAUAUGGAGAACCAUGUUUCUAUAUUGGAGAUGUUUGCACCUGUCAUAGAAGCGUUGAAUGGUAGUGUUUCUGAGUCGGGUGAGAAUGGAGAAAGAGAACUUCCAGACAAGAGGCCUGCAGUUCGUUUGAACUUCAAUAAUGGUAGGAAAAUGAUUGGUGAUUCAUUGGAUUUGCGACUAUGGAAUAGGGGUACCGGAAGAAUUUCAUCAUGGUUUGGACGUGAUGAUAUGAUGGAUGACAAGAAGAGGAGAGCUGAAUACAUUCUCAGACAAUCUAUGGAAAACCCACUGGACCUUCCUCAGUUGUAGAUGAUUUUACUCAAUUGCUCCUGAUGACACACAUACUAUCUAACUUUUUCAGAAAGUAAGAAUCAAUGCUGAAAAUUAGAUCCAUGUAGGUGCUCAGUGUGAAUCUUUAUAGUAGUUCCUCAUAGUUCCAUCCUUCAAAAUUCCUCCAAGUUUUUAUAAUGUUUGAUAUAAAAAUUGUAGCUUCAUCAUGCAAAGAAAUCAUUUCAACAA